AUGCCGUCACAGCACCGGCUGCCGCAGGUGAACAUGGCUGUUGUCGGGGCACACGGAGUAGGGAAAUCUACGCUUGUAAAAUAUGCGUUGGACCUGAAGCAGACCCCGAUCGCUCGCUCGUCGGUUAAGAAGAUGUCGCUCGACGGAACGAUCUACCUGGUUCGACUGCUGGAGAUUGGCAUCCAUAAAAUCACUGUCGAUAAGCACGGGAGGAUUACAUGGCCGCGGUCUCUGGGAGAGCAGGCGCUGCCUCCCAUUGAUGGGGUUCUCGCGCUGUUCGACUCCGCCGAUCCUCACACCCUUACGCAGCUGGCCCAACUCCUCAGUGCACUGCAGACGACAGGUAAUAUACCGUUUCUUGUCGUGGCUUGUAAAUGCGACACUCCGCGACGCUCCUCCCAACAUGACCCGGCGGUGCUCGAACAGGCGAAUCGAAUCCUCGCGGGAACUGAGGCAUUACAGACGUCUGUCCGUGUUUCAGAUUCUUACAAGAAAUGCAUUUCUAUCGUGCUCCGGGCGAUCAUCGUGCAAACCUCUGGUAAGGAUAUUUUCACCUAUCAUCGGGUGCUGGACAACAACUUCUGUCGUGCGUUGGUCUCCACCUGA